AUGAAGCCAUUUUUUGGCCAAACAUUAUCAGUUCUUACACUUUACGUACAAUUUAGUUUAUUAUUUAUAUAAGUGUUUAUAUACCUGUAAUCUCCCGCCAAAUAAAAUGUUUGUCCAAAUUGAAUUUGGUUUUAUUUAACAUCUUAAAAAGUAGUUCAAAAUUUAAAAGAAAUAAAAUUCAUAUUUUUUUUAAACCAAAAUCCAUCUGGAAUUAUCUCAACAAUGGAAAGUUCAGACGAAAGUGAUUCAUUAGAUUAUUUUUAUUUUUUUAAUAAUGAACUACAACCCUUGAAAUUCUUGUUUAACUGGGAUAAAGAUGAUAAAUUUUAUUUCAACAUCGUCGAUCAUGGUAUAGGAGUAGUGUUGGAGAAAGCAGAUGGACAUACCAUGGUUUUAUCAAAUCCAAAGAAAUGUGAUUAUUAUCAUUUAAAUAUUCCUGCAUUUGAUGUAAAAUAUGUUAAAGAUUGUUUAAUAGCACAACAGUUUUUGGAUCCUAGAAAAUAUUUGAUAAAAAAAUCAUGUCCUAUUGAUUAUACACAGAAAGAUAUAUAUUCUUGUUGGUUCCAUCAUAAAUUUACUUGGUAUGAUGAGCUACCAAAUUAUGGAUUAAAACAAAGUAAUAGCAAUACAAUGACUACAAGUGUUUUUACAUCGAUUUCACUAAAAAGAAAACUGGGUAGUGAUCAUAUUUCUUCUAAUAAUAGAGCAACGACUUCUACCUCUAAAAAACAUAUUGAAGAUACAAGCGAUUUUGAUAAACCUUUCAAAGAUAAUGCUAAAUCUGAUAGCAAAAAAAGAACAAGAAUGGCAUAUACACACAAGGAAGACUUGAAUAUAGUAGAAUACAUUGUUAAAAAUAAAGAUGCUUUUAAUGUUUCGGGAAGAGAAAUGUGGCAAAGAAUGGAAAGAGCGGAGAUUUGCAAAAUAAGAACGUGGCAAUCAAUGAGGGAACGCUAUCUUAAACAUAUUUCCCACCAACUUAAAAUAGGAAAGCAUAAAUACCCAUUUUUAUCAGAUUCAGAUUUUACACUAUUAAGGCAGGGAUUAAGUAUUAAUUGUGAUGAAAAGGAAAAAAAACUAAAAAAAAACUUAAUGAAUGAAUGCCGAAUUGAUGAAAUAAUAUCAGAUUCCGAAAGUUCUUAGUAUUUAUUUAUCUUACUUUUUUUUGUUUAUGAUAUUUUGUUAUAAAAGUAAUAAAUGUUCCUGUAAUAAAAAUUAUUUAUAAUAAAUUAUUAAAUUGUUAUAAAUUAUUAU